UUGAGUUCAGUCCAACACACUAUUCUACCCAUAACCAUCCUUGAGUUCACUCCGAAGCACUGUUUUACCCAAAAUGGUUGGUAUGUGGUCUUUAGUAAAUGAGUUUCAUCAGGGGAAAACUGCUUGGGCAUUCAAAGCCAGAGCAGUGAGGGUGUAUGAAAUCCCUGCCUAUGGGAUACAUGGUGAAUCUUUGCAGUGUAUCUUCCAUGAUUCCGAGGGAACCAGAAUUCAUGCACACAUUGGUAAGCUACAGGUUGCAAGGUUCCGAGCCAUGUUUAAGGAGGGAAAUGUCUAUGCAAUCAGAAAUUUCUUGGUUCAGGACAACUACAUGAAUUUCAAGACAACAAGGAAUGAAUUUAAGUUGUUGUUCAUCCAACGAACUGAAGCUUUUCAGAUUUCUAAAAUCAAUUUCCCAAUGCGAAUGUUUGACUUUAAACCUAUUAAUACUUUGGUAGCUGAAGAGGUGGUUGAUGAAACCCACGCCAUUGAUGUGAUUGGCAAGAUAACUUCCCUGUCAAACCCCAAGCUUCUUACGAAGAAUGGUAGGCAGACUCAGUUAGUUGAUCUUACCCUCGGAGAUGCAGUUGGAAAUAGUAUCUCUUGCACCCUAUGGGAGGACUUGGUUGAUCAAUUGGUUGCCUUUCUGGAGUCCAAACCCAAGUCUAUCAUUCUUAUUCUUCAAUUGUGCCGUGCAAAAAAAUUUCAGGGUCGUGUGAGUGUGACCAACAUGUUCAAUGUGACCAAGAUGUUUCUAAACAGCGACAGUGAGGAGUGUGAGGAGUUUAAAGCCACGUUUGGUCCAGAUAAUGAUGACGAUGCCGACGGACUGGUCCUUGGUAGCUUUGUUACACCUGCUUUGCAAGAUGACCUUGCAAGCGGAAAAGUACCUUUGGUUUCAAUCAAUGACCUAAUUCAAAUGAAGGAGGAUGGAAAACAUUGGGUCUAUGGAGAGAUAUUGGCAAUUGAUAGUUACAAGGAUUGGUACUAUAUUUCUUGCAAGGGGUGCAGUAGGAAGGUGACACCUGAGGGCGACUCUUUUCGGUGUGGUGUGUGCAACACAGCAGAAGUGGUUCUGAGGUACAAAAUUAAUGUUAGGGUCAUGGAUGACACAAGUCAUGCCUCAUUUGUUUUUUGGGACAAAGAGUGCAUAACUUUGAUUGGGAAAACAGCUAAUAUUCUUCGUGAUGAGACUGAAGAGAAAAAUAUGGGACCAUACUAUUUUCCGGUUGAGAUUGAUGGUUUGGUUGAGAUUAAGGGGUUGUUUCGAGUUCAUGCAAAGAGGGAGAGCAUUUGUUACAGAGGUGUUCCUACAUUUAGCGUUAUUGGAAUGAAUUGUGAUCCCACAAUUCUCUCUUUGUACAAGUACAAAGGAAAAGUUGAUGAAGAAGAGGAUGAUUUUACACUUCUAAAGAAGGAGUUUUCUGUGGAUGAAGAGGUUUUCACAGUAAAUGAAGAAGAGAAAAGCCCUUUGUUGACAAAAAAGGAAAGGGAAGCAGUUGUGGUUAACCUGGAUGGGAUCAAGAGGAAGUUGUUUGCAGAGCCAUCACCUGUCCAGCCAGCAAGGAGGCUGAGGACAGUCAAAGUGGAGAAGCCUUAGGCAUGUGUUUUAGUUUUUUGUUAAUGGGCCCUUAAAACAGUUUUGUAAAACAUGGGAUGUAUAUCCUAUGUUUUUUUGUGGUAUGGGCCCUUGGAAUAUAAUUUUGUGGUCUGUUCUAUGGCAUGGAACAACUUAAGGAAAGGAUUGGGUUAUGCUACAAACUUUUGAUAAGGAUUAAUUUGUUAUGUUAUCUAUUUUGAUCCAAAGUUUGUAUGUAAUGGUGUGUAUUUUGCCAAUUGUAUUGUAACCUAUUCUACACGUAAUGAUAUCUAUGAUGCCUUCUCAUUGCUAUUAUUAUACCUGUUCCUGGCAUUUACAGUUUUGCACUUGCAACCAAAUAUUACAUUUGUUUGGUUAUGAAAUUGAAUAUUGUUCAAUUUAAC